GCUAUUGUCGUUGAACAAAGGAAAGACAAGGUUAUCAAAGACCCCAAAGACCUGGUAGACGCUUUACUGAAAAUGAAGCAAGAUGGCCCAGUAAUAGAUGGAGUAGAAAUCACUGACGAUGUAGUCAUAUCAAAUGCGGCAACAAUGCUGCUGGGAGGAUUUGAAACAUCAGGUUCUGCACUCACUUUUACGUUGUACCAUUUGGCAUAUGAGCCUGAAAUUCAACAAAAAAUAUAUGACGAAGUCUCAAAAGCCAUAGGUGAAGAUGGAAAAUUUGAUGUAUCAAAACUCAUGGAAUUAACUUACCUAAAUGCAGUUGUCAAAGAGACACUGCGGCUCUACUCCCCAAUGGGUUGGCUCGAUAGAGUAGCGUCUCAAGACUACCAAAUUGAUGAAAAGUUAACAAUAAAAAAGGGCACCCCAGUUUACGUAAACGCUAUCGGCAUGCAUUAUGAUCCAGACUAUUUUCCAGAAUCAUUAAAAUACGACCCAGAAAGGUUCAUGCCAGGAAAUGAGCAAAAUAUUAAACCUUUUACAUAUUUACCAUUUGGCGAAGGACCCAGAAUAUGCAUAGGAAUGAGAUUCGGUUUAAUAUCCGUUCGUCACGCAAUAUCGAAUUUGAUAAUGAAAUACAAAUUCGAGCCAAUACCAGGAGCACCGAAGCCAAUGGAAGUGGAAUUUGAGAAGAAGGGUCUUUUCUUGGUCCCUGGACAACAUAUGGCCAUUAAUUUUAUACCUAGAGAAGUCUAAAACUAUUUUGCUAAAUAUAUAGAAUAUACAUGUUAUUAAAAUUUGAUGUGAGCAGAAACCAGUAUUUUUUUUA